CCGCUUGAGAACGUGGUAGUCAGGUGCCUCCAACAGUGUGAACAUAUUUUGAGGCUUUAUAAGAACUCUCCAAGGGUUUCCAUUCUCUGCGUCCCCUCUGUCUCCAGCUUCAUUUCGUCCGGCUCCUGCAAGGUUGGGUUGCGGCAUCCGCAGCAGCAGCAACGCCCGUUUCGUUCUCUUCGGCCUGCGUUGGAGAGCGAGAGAGGGAGGUUGUGCUGUUAGCGCCUCGCACAUUUGCGGAUAUGGAGCUGUCCGUCGAGAAGACCGCCUCCGGGCGCGAGUACAAGGUGCGGGACAUGUCCCAGGCCGACUUCGGGCGCUUGGAGCUCGAUCUCGCGGAGGUUGAGAUGCCCGGGCUCAUGUCGUGUCGCACGGAGUUUGGGGCCGCGCAGCCAUUCAAGGGUGCCAAGAUCACGGGGUCUCUGCAUAUGACCAUCCAGACUGCGGUGCUAAUCGAGACUUUGACGGCUUUGGGCGCGGAGGUGAGAUGGUGCUCUUGCAACAUCUUCUCCACCCAGGACCACGCGGCCGCCGCUAUCGCGCGCGACAGCGCGGCGGUGUUCGCAUGGAAGGGGGAGACACUGCAGGAGUACUGGUGGUGCACGGAGAGGGCUUUGGACUGGGGUCCGGAUGGAGGCCCAGAUCUGAUCGUGGACGAUGGCGGUGACGCAACAUUGUUGAUCCACGAGGGUGUGAAGGCCGAGGAUGCGUACGCAAAGGAUGGCACGCUGCCCGACCCCGAGUCGACGACGAACGCCGAGUUCAAGAUCGUGUUGACAAUCUUGAGGGACGGCAUGAAGGAGAACCCCCAGAAGUACCACAAGAUGGCCGAGAGGUUGGUGGGCGUGUCUGAAGAGACGACGACCGGAGUGAAGCGUUUGUACCAGAUGAUGGACAACGGAUCUCUGUUGUUCCCCGCCAUCAACGUGAACGACUCUGUCACGAAGAGCAAGUUCGACAACUUGUACGGUUGCCGCCACUCGCUGCCCGACGGCCUGAUGAGAGCGACGGACGUGAUGAUUGCCGGGAAGGUUGCUGUGAUCUUCGGGUACGGUGAUGUCGGGAAGGGUUGUGCCAGCGCCAUGAAGGCCGCCGGAGCCCGUGUUAUAGUGACCGAGAUCGAUCCUAUCUGCGCUCUCCAGGCCCUCAUGGAAGGCUACCAGGUGCUGAGAUUGGAGGACUGCGUUGAGUACGCCGACAUCUUUUGCACUACGACCGGUAACAAGGACAUCAUCAUGGUGAGCGACAUGAGGAAGAUGAAGAACAACGCCAUCGUGUGCAACAUUGGGCACUUCGACAACGAGAUCGACAUGGAGGGGUUGGAGACGUUUCCCGGGGUGAAGAGGAUCACCAUCAAGCCGCAGACGGACAGGUGGGUGUUCCCGGACACCAAGAGGGGUGUGAUCAUCUUGGCGGAGGGGCGUCUGAUGAACCUGGGAUGCGCCACCGGUCACCCGAGCUUCGUGAUGUCGUGCUCAUUCACGAACCAGGUGAUCGCCCAGUUGGAGUUGUGGAACGAGCGCACGAGCGGCAAGUACGAGAAGAAGGUGUACGUGUUGCCGAAGCACUUGGACGAGAAGGUCGCUCUGUUGCAUUUGGAGAAGCUGGGCGCCAGGCUGACGAAGUUGAGCGAUGAUCAGGCCUCGUACAUCAACGUGCCGGUGGGAGGCCCAUACAAGCCCGCCCACUACCGUUACUGAAGGGCCUCUGCAACCAGGCUUGGUUGGGGUGUUUGUAGGCUGCGGUACACUUUUGCUGUUUGUUUCUGAGAGCAUCUAACUUGUCGUGACCGAUUGGGGGGUCGACAAGGAUGACGUUUUUUUAAAAAAGAGAAAGUUAAAAACCAUUUAUUUUUGAUACA